CGCCUGUCUACAGGUAGCGGCAGCGGCUGGGACCGAGCUGGGGACGUCUCUGCAGCCACCUCCCGCCUCUGGCUUUUUUUGGUCUUUUCUUUCUUCUUCUUUUUACUUACUUAUUUUGGAGACGACUGCACACUUAGCUGAUGUAUCUGUAUCCUCGGAAGAUCUCCGCAUCCUCUCCAUCGCCACGCGUUUUAGGGCAGCUUCCAGUUUCAAGUGUAUGGUGUUCGGAGAGAGAGAGGAGACUAUUUUAUUUAAAAAAGAAAAAAAUUCCUCUUCUCUUUCUCAAUCUUCCGGGAAAUUCUGCAUCCUGAAGCAGGUGGCUCCGGGUACGAAAUCUCUGGAUACCUUUGGCUUGCCAAGUUUUUUCUUUUUUUUUUUUUUUUUUUUCUUUUUUCCUCUCCGGCCCCCUCCAGCUUCCAAGGGGGCAUCUGUGGGGCUAUUCUUUUGUCUUUCUUUCUCUUCUUUUUAUUUCCUUUGGGAUUUAUAUGCAGAAAACGUAUGUUUGUACACCGACGGCAGAAUAGAUAAUUACACACACGCGUGACCAGGCGCUAGGCUGUUCGUCUCUCUGCCGGACUAAGCGGAAUGUUUUGGAGUCCAUGGAUCAGGAGAACAGUAUUAACAUUCUUUUGAGCCGGUUUUUGAGAAAGGGGAGGGAGCUUGAAGAAUUUUUUAGCCUCUGGCCAUCCUGUGGCUGGCUGCACACGAGGCAUCGCGAAGUAUUUAUGAUCGCAGAACAGGUGCAAACGGGGCUUAGAAGAAGGAUAUAGAUCUGCAGUUAACUGGAUUUGAUUUAUAAGAAGGCAACCCACAGUCAAUGGCCACUCUUGCAACAUAGCAACUAUGGAAAACAGAGUGGUCAAUAGGAUAUGGUCUGAUAAGUAAUUAUGAUUGAGGAUGCUACUUCAAUGCAUGUGAAAUCAAUGGGAGAUACUGGCUGCAGGAAGAGUUUUCUAAGCUUCUCACCACCAGCUCAUCUUUAAGAAACCAGAGGUGUGCUCUCCCAUUAUACGGCUUUCCUCAAGUGGAUACAAAUAUCUUUGCCUGACUGUAACCAGACAACUGGACAACUAAUGUGGAAUCAUGGCGCUGCCCAGAUGCACAGGGCCAAAUUAUGUUUGGAGAGCAAUGAGGGACUGUGUGGUCCACAGGGGCUUGGCUGCCCCAUUGACUCUCUGUGUGCUGGGUUGUUUGCUUCAGACAGCACAUGUGCUUUCACAAAAAUUGGAUGAUUCAGACCCAUUGGUGACGACCAACUUUGGCAAGGUCAGGGGGAUUAAGAAAGAACUCAACAAUGAAAUCUUGGGACCCGUCAUUCAGUUUCUUGGAGUUCCAUAUGCAGCUCCACCAACAGGGGAACAUCGUUUUCAGCCUCCAGAGCCACCUUCUCCCUGGUCAGACAUCAGGAAUGCCACUCAGUUUGCUCCUGUGUGUCCCCAGAAUAUUAUCGAUGGCAGAUUGCCAGAAGUCAUGCUUCCUGUGUGGUUUACUAACAACUUGGAUGUGGUUUCAUCAUAUGUACAGGACCAGAGUGAAGACUGCUUAUAUUUAAACAUCUAUGUUCCAACUGAGGAUGGUCCCCUUACAAAGAAACAGACAGAUGAUUUAGGUGAUAAUGACGGUGCUGAAGAUGAAGAUAUUCGGGACAGCGGGGGUCCCAAGCCUGUGAUGGUGUAUAUCCAUGGAGGUUCAUAUAUGGAAGGUACUGGAAAUUUAUAUGAUGGGAGUGUCUUGGCAAGUUAUGGCAAUGUGAUCGUCAUCACAGUCAACUAUCGGCUUGGGGUACUUGGUUUCUUGAGCACAGGUGAUCAGGCUGCAAAGGGAAACUAUGGACUCCUUGAUCUCAUACAAGCCUUGCGAUGGACUAGUGAGAACAUUGGAUUCUUUGGCGGUGACCCCUUAAGAAUUACUGUUUUUGGAUCUGGUGCUGGUGGUUCAUGUGUCAAUCUGCUGACUUUAUCCCAUUAUUCUGAAGGUAACCGUUGGAGCAAUUCAACCAAAGGACUUUUUCAACGAGCUAUAGCUCAAAGCGGAACAGCUCUUUCCAGCUGGGCUGUUAGUUUUCAACCCGCAAAAUAUGCUAGAAUGUUGGCCACCAAAGUCGGUUGCAAUGUUUCAGAUACAGUAGAGUUAGUGGAAUGUCUCCAGAAGAAGCCUUACAAAGAACUUGUUGAUCAAGAUAUUCAACCAGCACGAUACCAUAUAGCCUUUGGACCAGUGAUUGAUGGUGAUGUCAUACCAGAUGACCCUCAGAUAUUGAUGGAGCAAGGAGAGUUUCUCAAUUAUGAUAUAAUGUUGGGAGUCAAUCAGGGGGAAGGGUUAAAAUUUGUGGAGAAUAUAGUAGAUAGUGAUGAUGGUAUUUCUGCUAGUGAUUUCGACUUUGCUGUUUCCAAUUUUGUUGAUAAUUUAUAUGGAUACCCUGAAGGCAAAGAUGUUUUGAGAGAAACCAUCAAAUUCAUGUAUACUGACUGGGCUGACCGUCAUAACCCUGAAACGAGAAGGAAGACAUUAUUGGCUUUGUUUACAGACCAUCAGUGGGUGGCACCAGCGGUGGCUACAGCAGAUCUUCACUCUAACUUUGGUUCACCUACAUAUUUCUAUGCCUUUUACCAUCAUUGCCAAACAGAUCAGGUUCCAGCUUGGGCUGAUGCAGCUCAUGGGGAUGAGGUUCCCUAUGUGCUAGGAAUCCCCAUGAUUGGACCUACGGAGUUAUUUCCUUGUAAUUUCUCCAAAAACGAUGUGAUGCUCAGUGCAGUCGUAAUGACAUAUUGGACAAAUUUUGCUAAAACUGGUGAUCCAAAUCAACCAGUUCCUCAAGACACAAAAUUUAUACAUACCAAACCCAACCGCUUUGAAGAAGUAGCAUGGACCAGAUAUUCCCAGAAAGACCAACUUUAUCUCCACAUUGGGUUAAAACCAAGAGUUAAAGAACAUUACAGAGCCAAUAAAGUGAACCUCUGGUUGGAGUUGGUGCCUCAUCUUCAUAAUCUCAACGACAUUUCUCAGUAUACCUCUACAACAACUAAAGUCCCAUCAACUGACAUCACUUUCAGACCCACGAGAAAGAAUUCUGUACCAGUCACGUCAGCCUUUCCCACUGCCAAGCAGGAUGAUCCCAAACAACAACCGAGUCCAUUUUCAGUGGAUCAAAGGGACUACUCAACAGAGCUGAGUGUCACUAUUGCAGUUGGAGCAUCUCUGCUGUUUCUGAACAUCUUGGCCUUUGCAGCCCUGUACUACAAAAAAGAUAAGAGGAGACAUGAUGUUCAUAGGAGAUGCAGCCCUCAGCGUACUACAACCAACGAUCUGACCCAUGCACAAGAAGAGGAGAUUAUGUCCCUUCAAAUGAAGCACACUGAUUUGGAUCAUGAAUGUGAGUCCAUCCAUCCACAUGAGGUGGUUCUUCGGACCGCCUGCCCCCCAGAUUACACACUAGCUAUGAGGAGGUCACCUGAUGAUGUUCCCUUAAUGACACCCAACACCAUUACAAUGAUUCCCAACACUAUACCAGGGAUUCAGCCCUUACACACAUUCAACACAUUUACUGGAGGACAGAACAAUACUCUGCCCCACCCCCACCCCCACCCCCAUUCACAUUCAACAACCAGGGUAUAGCCAGAUAAGAGAAACAAACUCUAUUUUUUUUUUUUAAUGGAUUGCAGUAAAAGACUGCUGAAGAUUCCUUGGAUUUCAACCUACAAGACUCUUAACUAUUUAAAUAAGGAGGAUUAUUAUGUGAAUAUACAUAUCAAGAACUUUGGGGGUUUUGAAAAAAAUGAAUUGUACAUAUAUACACAAAUCAACUUUAAAAAUGAAUUUCAAUUGCUUGAAGCAAUUGCUCUGAAUGAUACUUUUUCAUUCAUGUCAAGAAUUAAUUUUUUGAAGAUUUAUGUUACAUAAUGGAAUUAGGCAUGUGGAACACCAAACAGGAAAGAACUAUGUCUGAAAUAUUUUUAAAAAAUCAGAAUAUAAAAACAACCAUGAAUAUGCACAAUGGACACACAAAUGGAAUGUCAGAUAAUUUCCACCAGUUUUUAUUUGGAACUGUUUUAUUGUGUAGACCAUAUUUACAUAUUUGGAUAAGUACACAAAGCACCAAUGCUGUUAAUGGCCUUAGCAGAGGCUCUUGCUGAAAUUUGCCAGUAAAACAGAGAAGUUUAAAGACUGGCAGGUAAAACAUUAUCACAUAAGUGCUGUCAGUAUAAAGUUGUGGGGAUAAAGGAAACUGGAUAUUUUUAGCACGAUGUGCAUGAUAAUUUAUAUGCUUGGUGGCUGUGCUGCUGAUUAAGACGUAAUUAAAAUUCUUCUCAUCCCAUUGGAGUUUUUAAUAGAAGCUUCCUCCAUCAAUUGGCAGAACCUAAAGAAGAUUUUAAGGGGCAAAAGUAAUUACAAUAAAAUAAUUCACAGUAGUUUUGAUAAUAGAAGGAAUUAGUUAUUAAAGGUAUUUGAAGAAGCUAUAGGUAUAGUGGUGAAUACUUACUGAAUUCCAGGAAAAAAAUUAUUGUGUUUUUAAUGUUAUUUUCAUUCCCAUCUAAAUAAUUUAUGGAAAUAUAACCUUAAUUGGGCAUGUGUUACAGGAUCUAUAAUUUUCUGUAUUUUGUUUCUCUAGGUAAGGUGAAGUGUGUCCAAAGGGUUAUUUGCAACAGUCUUUCAUCAUAUGAGGGUGCCCCAAAUUACCACUCGGAUUACAGUUCUCAGUUAAUUGAUUUAUUCAUGUUGCAUGACAAAAUGUUUACUAAUAACAAUUCAAUAUGAAGUUAUGUCCCCUUCAUAUCACUUAUCUUCUCACUGAGUUUCAUCCAUUGGAAUUUCUCACGCAAUCUCAGUAGAGUGCAACAUAGGUACAGAACCUAGAAGGAGAGUCAACACCUGGAGGAUUUUAGUCUUACUCAUUAUGUGUGAUUUUAAAUGAAUAUUCUAAGACCACAGGAAACUCUUCAUCCCCCUGUUGUUUACCAGUAACAGUAUAUCACAGACCUUUCCAAAUGUUUGUAUAUGUAAUCAGAUGUACAUUUAUAUUAAAACAAUUGAGAUGGACUUAAAGAGCACACCCUGAUAAAUCCUUUCUCUCUUACCUGUACUAUAUUUCUAUUAGACUAAAGUUAUGUGAUUUUUUUUUUACAUUUUUUCAGAUGACUAGCAAUUUUGAUAGUUUGUAAGAUAAUGCAAAGAACUUUCUCUGACAAACUAACUGCAGUAACAGAAACCUUUCUUUUCAGUUACUCUUUUUCAAGAAUGAAAGCUUAUUAUACAAAAAAAAAAAUUGUAUACUACUUGAUGGAAACAACUUUGUACAUCCUGGCCAUGUUACUGGCCAUUGCGUGAAAUAAAGAUAAUCUGGAUAAUGACUAUUAGUCCAAUGCUAAGAGACAUGAUCUUUGCUCAUUAAAGAGCUAAAAUGUUUGUUGAUGUUUUGUCUUUUCUUAAAAAAAAAAACUAAAACAAAAAGAAACAUGACUGUCUCAGUCAUUUUUCAAGACUAAGCAGGUGUUUGAAGACACAUAGGUAACUUCUGCAGAAAACACAGUGUGUAUUUAAAAGCAAGCCUCAUCUAAGGUGAAACUGAAAUUCAGGAAUUCGUGGAAACUGUUCAUUUUGUAUUUUUAAGUAUCUUGUAUGUGAAAGUAUUGUAGGAAUAAAGUGUGCCAAUUGUUCUUUAAUUAGAAAUAUAGAUUCCAAUUCUGAUAAUCAAGGACAGGCUUUACUGGAAAUAAAUGUGCAAUAUUUCAUGGAGCAAAUAUUGCUAGGAUAAUAAUGUAAGGGUGAUUAAACUAUCAGAAAAUAAAGGAUAGAAAGUUAUCCUUCUAAGAGAAUUUUGAAGUGCAGAGCUAGGCAUUAGGAUGACACUAAAAGAUAAAAAUCUAUUUCAAGUAAUUUCUUUACUUAUAAUUCUCCCUUCCAAUUAUUAACUAUCAAUAAGAUACAGGUUUUAUCCCAUAAUAUCAAAUAAAAAUCACAUUAGAGACAUAAAGUCGUCAAAGUCAGAGUGGUCUGCAUUGAGUUUUUGCCUAGUGUGAUUAUGUUUUUAGACUGUGGACUGCCAAUAUAAACCAAUUAAAAUAACUGCUUAGCAUCUAACAUGUUAUUGAAUCAGAGAACUAUCAUGACUUAUACUGACUACACAAAAGAAGAGAAAAAGUCAAAAUAACAACAGAAUAAGACAAAAAUCAAAGCUUUCAAACCUUUCAUGUGGCAGAAUCAAAUAUUAUAUUAUAUUUUAUUGAUGGUCAUAUUUAUAUACCUACUUAUCUGUUGGUCUCAAUUUAUCAAUCAAUAUAUCUGUACCAUAACUGACAUCUAUUUUAUAUUAAAAUUUAGGGAAAUGAUUUAGUAAAACAAAACAUAGUUUAUUCUUUUUUUCUAAAUUAAUGUAGCAUCAGUUUUGUGGAAGAUAAAGCAGUUCUAGGUUUUAUUACUGGUCAACAGCUUUUACUAAGUCAUGACAAAGUCAAUAUGUGAGUGUUGCUAGUUUUAUAACUAUAGCAGCUAGUUAUCUGAGUGUAAAAUGAUGAUUCAUCAUAGGGAGAAAUUAAGAACUGUUUUUAAAGCUGAAACAUCAUUUUUAACUGCAAGAAAUAUUUUAGUAUUGUUUUUUGUAUUUUAAACAAUGUUUCAAUGUAUUUAUUUAAAUGAUGGCCUUCAUCAGAAAAGAAAUUAAAUCACGAGAUUGAAAGGAUAUUUUCAGCAUUACUAAUUAAUUCAGAUUUCCCUGCUUUGGAUUAAAUUUCGAAUAGUCAAGUCUUCUUAGAAUUUAUACAAAUAUUAAAACAAAAUGGGCACUAUUUUAUUGAUUUGUGAUUAUAUAAAGUUAUCGUCAAAUGUUUGUCAACAGAUUAAUGUUUCCAAAUAAGAGAUUGGAAGUAUAAAAGUGGCAUAGUUCAUGGCUUUAAAUUUCUUUUGUGUAUGAGCAAAAUUUAAUUGACAACUAUCAACAUGAGAUUCAUUAUUAACAUUAGGAAAAUGUGGUCUGAUUGCAGAAACAUUAAAAAAUACCACUUGCAUUUGGAGAGUUCGUGCUAGUAGUUCAAAGCAGAAAAUCUGAUUAAAGUAUGGAUUAUUUCAUUCCUCAUUUCAUACUUAAAAGUUGGCCAAAUUGAUAGCAUUAUGCUUAGAAUUUUUAACUUGUACAGCACGAAACCACUUACAUUUUUUAAAAUAAUCAAUUAUCUUUAUCAGCACUGAGAAAAAUAGGAUAACACAUAAAGGAAAUGCAAAAAUGCCAUUGCUGUAUGUAUAGCCUGUUCUUAGUAGUUAUUUCAUUUGCUAACAUACUUACACUGAUACAUAUAUUAGCAUCAUGAAAGGAUACCAAGAAUGCGGUCAGUAUGUUCCAGCUUUAAAUACAAUGCUAUAUAGAAAUUAUAAAGAUUCUCUUUUUGUCUGGUUAGGGUUUUGAUGAGUUUCACUGAAAUAGUUUCAUAGGAAAUGAUGAAUGAAAUUCUUAGGAAGUUUUCAAAUAUCAUGGCGGUCCUUUGAUUUUUGUUUUCUUCUGUUAUUGGUUCAAAGUACUUGCCUUUUCUUUCAUUUUUAGCAAUUAGUUGUUAGAAACUAUCACUUCUUAAUGUGAGUGAAAAUUAGAAAAUUUGGUUAUACUUGUGAAAACAUGCUCCCAAAUAAAUUUAAUUAAUGGGCACUUC